AUGGAGAUUCUAACUCUCCUGGCUUUGAACGAGGCUUAUACAGAAAGUUUAGAGAAUUUAAUACGUAACGUUCAGUACGCCAUUGCCGAAAACAAAAAAAGACAGGAAGCAAUCAAUGCGGUAUUAGGAAAAGCUGGUUCUGCAGGAGACUUUUAUGGAAAUAAAAAGAAAGUUCCAGUAAAUCAGUUCUACCCUCCUUAUUUUCGGGAUCGUUUCGGAAUGGUUCCUCCUGCGAACAUUGAAACUCAACGGAAACUUCAUUCAGGCGACUACGAUCCGUUGGUCAAGCCAGCACGAAAAUGGUUGCCUAAGGAUCUAGAGAGGUUACGACAUGCAGUGAAGCGGGAAGUUGCUGAGGAACGAUGCGCAGCGGAAAAGAAGAGGCGGGCAGAGGUACAAGAAAUGUUAAAAAGAAGUGGGCAAGAAACUAGUGAAGAGGAACGUACAGGAUACAUUUCGGAAAUCGAGUCGCUUACUCGUUUCAUAGAAUACACUAGGAAUCUUUCAGAAGAAGAAAUUUUUGGGUCGGAAUACGACUACGCUAAAGUUGAUUGGACAAAAAUCGCCACUUUUGAUUUCAUGGAUACAAGAAACGCAUCGCAGCUGCGUCUGAAAUGGAUUAAUGAACAGUCUCCGCGAUGGUCUAAGGCAAAAUGGACUACGGAUGAAUUAGCGAAACUGCGCGAAUUGGCUACUGGACCUUGGGUUCGGUGGGAGGUAGUGGCUAGGCGUCUUGGUACAGCUAGAACACCUUUCCAGUGUUUUAAGAAGUAUAAAGUUGAAUUUGACAAGGAAUUGAAGACGCAGUGGACAAGAGAGGAAGACACUGCUCUUAUAACGUUAUGUCAUUCAAUGCGGACAAAUGGAAAAAUCCCAUGGGAGAAAGUUUAUAACUAUAUGGAGGGACGAAGUCGGCAGCAGUGUAAGGUGCGUUAUGCAAGGACGCUAGAUGCUGAGCUGAGACAUGGAAGGUGGAGCGAAGAAGAAGACAUUUUAUUGAAAUGUGCUAUCGGUCGUUUUGGGAAGAACUGGCAGCAAGUAGCCUCUUGCGUGCCGGGAAGAAGCGACGCUCAGUGCAGAGACAGAUGGGUCAAUAUUCUAGAUGAGAAGGUAAAAGAUUCUCCUUGGACACUAGAGGAGGACGAGAAGCUUCUGAAAGGUGUCAGAGAAAUUGGAAAAGAGUGGGCUCGGAUAGCAGUAACGUUACCAGGCCGAACAGGUGAUCAUUGCAAAAGUCGUUUUAGGUCACUAAUGAUCUCAAAAGUUAAGUUAUGUAGUCAGUCAUAUGACGAUACUCCAGUAAAGAUGAUUCGCAGGCAUGACACGACUAAGCACAGACGGGAACGACGAAAAGCGGUUGAAAAACAUUUUAAAGAACUACUGGCAGCUGACGGGCAAGAUGAAGUCGCCCAGAAGUUAACAGAGCUUUUUAAAACGGAAUCUUUAAGCGUGCAUGACGUUGCCGCGUUAGCUGAUAUACCACCGGAGCAACGGAAAAUACUUCUUGAAUUGAUGCAGAAGAGUCACAUAAAAAACGUUGGGGAGAGCAGUAAGCCAGAUGUUGCUGCGGCCACGAAAAUGUUGUAUAAUCUACUACAUGAAAAUUUGAGCGUCAGGCCUGAGUUCCUGGAUAAUGCAACUCGGACAGUUUUGUACCGAAUGUAUGAAAAAACCUGUCUAAGCAAAGUUACGGGUAGGCGACCAAAAGUAUUACUGUCCAACAGGGAAAAAAACGCGUUUUUGGAGGGUUUUGAAAGUUUAAGAACGGAGGAGGACAAAAAAGAAUUUUUAAUGCAGCACUUGGUUGAAUUAAUGGCAAAAAGCGAUAACGCCGAUCAGUGUGCGUUACAGCAGCAGGUCACUAAGAACCAAUGCGUUUUUGAUCUCAAGUAUCAUCUUAAGGAAGAACUGAUUAAAGAAGUUGGACGAUGUUUGGAGGUCGGUGUUACAGGCAGCAGCGAAGAGGCGAGAUUAAAGCUGAAUCCACUUCCUCCUUUCGCUGCAUCGAUUAAAAUUCUGAGCAAAUUGAAGGGUAUGCUCCCAACUUUACGGAGCCGAGCCGCUUGGUCAUUUAAUAAAGUGGAAGAAGUAAGCGAUAAAUUGGAAGGAAUCAAGGACCGAAUGGAGGAAGAAGAUAGCAAUGAGGUACAUCUGCAGUUGUCAGAAGAAAUAAAAAAAUGUCCGCAGUAUAUUGCUUUUAAGAUGAAGGUUCGAAGUUUAUUAUUUUGGCCGUUACUCAUGGAUCGCGCUAUUGAGCCAGAAGCAGAUGUCGCAGAACGGCAUAAGUUACGUGAAAUUAGGACUGCAGUUGAGGUGAAAGAGGCUGAGGCUGGUGAUGUGUCUGGAAGUGCGGAAGUUUUGUCGAAAAUACGGUCUAGUGCAUCGGAUUCGUCGUUAACUAUAAAGGAUUUAUUACACUUGCGUCGAAAAAAUCGCUAUCAUAUGGCUCUUACUAAUCAGUUAUUUCGUACAAAAGCAGAUUAUUCUACAGAACACCGCAAAAGAUUGCGCAGAACUGUCGACUUGCCGAAGAAUCAACCACCUCAGCUAUCGGAGGAUACUAGCCUGAACGUUCAUGUGAGACCGGAGUCAGAAAGGCUUGCAAUGAUUGACGAAUGUAUUGCUUCAGUUUGUCAAAAAGUUGCUACUGAACCUCUCGAUGAUUUAUUAUUGGAUUUAGACAAUUCACCUAAGUGUGAUGAUGAUGAGGAUGAAGAAGUGAUUGGUGAUGCAAUUGAUGAUUCAGAAACCGUUGUUAAGACCAGUUUGCGGGGUAGGAAACGCCGCACUCGAUAA